AUGCCCAGGGCUGAGGACCAGCAGAGGUUCUUGAAGCAGUGCCGUAAGAUGGCUGCUGAUAACCAAAGGAACGGCAAGCCUUACAUCCUUAGCAUGGCCGCCGGUCCUGCUGAAGAAGGUCCUCGCACACAAGGCUACACGUUUGUUUCCAAAACUGAGUUCGCCAGCAUGGACGACAUGAAAUUCUAUGAGAGUGAGUGUCCCGCUCACGGAGCCGUCAAGGGCCUCCUAGAGGAGUUGAAGGUGGACGGGAUCAUGACCGUCUUCUUCAAGCCGCAGGUGACCGGCGACGCGCAGUAA